CCUCGCCCCGCCCCCACCAGGAGUACACCUUCCCAGUCCCGGGCGGCGGGCAGAUCCUGGCAACUAUGGUCACGCCGGGGCUUGUAGUCGGGCUGCUGCUGCCGUUAAUCCUGUGGGCCGACAAAAGUGCAGGUAUUGGUUUUCGCUUUGCUUCAUACAUCAGUAAUAACGUGGUGCUGCAGAAGGAGCCUGCUGGGGCAGUGAUAUGGGGCUUCGGUACUCCUGGAGCCACAGUGACCGUGACCCUGUGCCAAGGUCAGGAAACCAUCAUGAAGAAAGUGACCAGUGUGAAAGCUCACUCUAAUACCUGGAUGGUGGUACUGGAUCCUAUGAAGCCUGGAGGACCUUUUGAAGUGAUGGCACAACAGACUUUGGAGAAAAUAAACUUCACCAUGAGAGUUCAUGAUGUCCUGUUUGGAGAUGUCUGGCUCUGUAGUGGGCAGAGUAACAUGCAGAUGACUGUUUUACAGAUAUUAAAUGCUACAAGGGAGUUGUCUAACACGGCUGCCUACCAGUCUGUCCGCAUCUUCUCCGUCUCCCCCAUUCAAGCAGAGCAGGAGCUGGAGGACCUUGUUGCCGUUGACUUGCAGUGGUCUAAGCCCACUGAAGAAAACUUAGGCCAUGGAAAUUUCACGUACAUGUCAGCAGUGUGCUGGCUCUUUGGGCGUCACCUGUAUGACACUCUGCAGUAUCCCAUCGGUCUGAUCUCCUCCAGCUGGGGCGGGACACCCAUUGAAGCCUGGUCAUCUCGACGGUCACUGAAAGCCUGUGGGGUCCCUAAACAAGGAUCAGUUCCAUCUGAUACGGUAACUGGUCCUGCGAAGCACUCUGUUCUCUGGAAUGCCAUGAUCCAUCCACUGUGCAGUAUGACUCUGAAAGGGGUGGUAUGGUACCAGGGGGAAUCCAAUAUAAAUUAUAACAUGGAUCUGUACAAUUGCACAUUCCCUGCACUCAUUGAAGACUGGCGCCAGACCUUCCACCAUGGUUCCCAGGGGCAGACGGAGCAGUACUUUCCAUUUGGAUUUGUCCAGUUAUCUUCAUAUUUGUCUAAGAUACGCUCAGAUGGUUUUCCCCAGAUCCGUUGGCAUCAAACAGCAGACUUCGGCUAUGUCCCCAACCUAAAGAUGCCCAAUACUUUCAUGGCCGUAGCUAUGGAUCUCUGUGAUAGAGAGUCGCCUUUUGGCAGCAUCCACCCUCGAGAUAAACAGACUGUGGCCUAUCGGCUGCACUUGGGAGCCCGGGCUGUGGCUUAUGGUGAGAAGAAUUUGACCUUUCAAGGACCACUGCCUGAGAAGAUAGAACGCUUGGCUCACAAGGGGCUGCUCAAUGUCACAUAUUACCAGGAAAUCCAGGUGCAGAAAAGGGACAACAAGAUAUUUGAGAUCUCCUGCUGCAGUGACCAUCAAUGCAAGUGGCUUCCAGCUUCCAUGAACACCUUCUCCACCCAGACCCUGACCCUGACAAUCAAUUCUUGUCAUGGCACUGUGGUUGCUCUCCGCUAUGCCUGGACCACAUGGCCUUGUGAAUAUAAGCAGUGUCCCCUGUAUCACCCCAGCAGUGCCCUGCCAGCCCCUCCCUUCAUUGCGUUCAUCACAGACUAGGUUCCUGGUCAUCAGAGCAAUGUUGCCAAAUGACCGUUUCAAUAUAAUCAGAGCUUAGCUAUAAGGAUGGGCUCUUUAGAUUUUAGCAUUUAGGAGUUUCAUUAAUAACUGUUGCUUUUAAAGGAAAUUAAUAGAAAGCCUCAUUGAAUGGCUUCCAGCUAGCACAUGGCUGUUUCUAUAUUCUGAUGAGCCCAGGCUGGUAGGUAACUUGAAAUGCUUGCUUUUAGUCCCUUAGUCUAAGGUCUGUUUUGGACAAAUUCUGAACUACGGACAAAUUGGACCUCAAUGUCAUUCACUUCCCUCAUAUUAAUGGGAGUGAAAUGUCUAAUACUUUUGUCCCCUUUUAUCCAGAGUUGUGGGAUGUUAGGAUUGGAAGAGAUGUUAAAGGCCCCAUAGGCCAGCUAGUGUUCACAUGUUCUUUACAAAAUUUCUGACAGGUGGUUACUGAAUCUCUGUAUGAACUUUCCAUUCAAAACUUUCCAAGUUUUUCCUUAUGUGGAACUGAAGUCUUUCUCCUGUGAAACUUUAUUACUAUCAGAGUCUUUCAGAUAAUUUAAGACAGAUCUAUUUGUAUUCUCUUCAAGCCAAAACCAGUUCUCUUCCUUCAAUCUAAAUAAUGAAAUAUGAAUGUUUAAGAAAUAAGAAACACAUGCAGGGACUUUGGGAGGUGCUAAGGGACUGCCCUAGGGAAUGAAAAGCAAGGGCCAGGUGGUAGUAACCCAGGGAAGGCACUUGGGCUGCCAUAAACAGGAGAGCUGAGAAACUCUGGUUUAUGAAAACAUGAACACAGGGGCAACAGAGGCAAAUGUGUCAUUCAAGUUAAAUAUAAAUCUCAGACUCUUUAAAGGUAAAAGGUUUAAGGAUAAUCCAUCUGGGAGAAAAGCGUGAGGCUGAAAGUAAAGCCGCAUAACAAGCAUGUAAAAAAAUAAUGCAGAUGAUACAAAUGUGAAAGAGGCCUUUUGUGUUUAUUAUUAAUAAUCUUAAUGCAGUUUAUUGAUGGAUUAAAAACAGCUAACGGUACUUGAAAAUUAUAUUACCUAUUAGAAGUUAGAAAUAAAAGAAUGAUCACUA